GAUCUGAUGCAAAAUCUACACACAUGUCUGAGAGUGGAGCGUUUCGAAAGGGCUGUCCUCGUCAUUGAACGCCUACGGCUCCAGUGCCAUCGCGACUCAUUCGAGUUGCAGCACGCUCAUAAUGCAUACCUCACGGCCUGCUUGGAAAAUAUCCAGGCUAGCCAGCAGGAUGAUCGACUUGCACCGUAUGAUGCCAUGCGGGACUGGUUCGAGAUUGAGCUCGUCCAGAAGGAGUUCAAUGUCGAAGCUCAGAUUCUGGUCACCAUGAUGCGCGCUGCCAUGGCUGCACUACAAGGCGUCAAGCAAGAACGUGCUCUGCGUAGAUACGCUGAACUUGCAGAAGCCUCUGGCAUUCUUGACGACGUUUGCGACGCCGAAGACUUUUCUGAUGACGAGUUCUUGAGGCUUGGAGCUGUUCUUCCCACACUCAAGUCAAGAUCGGUACAUGAAGCAGAAGAGCCCAUCGAGACAGCCAAAGAGGUUCCUUUUGACCCCUCUGUCCAAGCAAUGCCUCAACUCACCGACAUGCCUGCUAUUCUCGAAGUCGCCCAGAAGGGAAUGGGCUUGGCCUCACUCAAGCAAACUCUCAGCCACGCAUCUCCUGCCCUCCAAUCAGCAAACACACCCGAAGCCAUGGAAAAGGCGAAUCUCACACCCGAAGAACGCCAGCGUCUUCUCGAAGAGAGUGCUAGUAUUGCUGCAAUUGCUCGUUGGAAGUUCGAGGAGGAACAUCUGCAAAAGCUUGGUAUACACACAACCCUCGAAGCAAGACCACUAGGCGCUUUGAUGUGGCAAUGGUAUUCGGAUCUGUUGCCCGUCUUGCGCGAAGAAAUUGAAGCUUGCCGCGCACUUCUGGACGGGCCACAACAACCAGGGGCGACAGAUGAUCGUCUCAUCUACGGCCCCUUCGUCGAAGCUGUGCCAGUCGAGCAACUUGCAGCUACAACCAUCCUCAGCGUUAUGGGUUCUCUUGCUAGUGGCAAGGAGAGAAGUUCCGGCACGUACAACAGUAAUCAACGCCUUGGCCGCCUUACUGCUUCGCUCGGAAGGACUAUGCAAGAUGAAGCCAAUGCGGAAGCCGCCAAACAACGGGCUAUCGCUGAACGCAGAGCAAAGCUUGGUCGUGCUCCCAAGAAAACGAAGCCAAAGCAAAUUCAUCCUGGCUAUGACACUGAAAUGCACGUUUGGCCCAGCGACGUCCGCGUCAAGUUGGGCGCCAUGCUUAUCUCAAAACUUAUUGAAACUGCAAAGAUCCCCGUCACCAGACAACACCCCAGGACGAAAGAGAUGGUUACACAGCUUCAAGCCGCUUUCCUUCACAAGACCCUGUAUGAGUCAGGAAGAAAACAAGGGUGGCUUUGUCCGAGUCCCGACCUCCUCCACAAGCUUCACCGCGAACCCGUGGGUGGUCUAAUUGCCAAGAGGCUUCCAAUGGUAAUCGAACCAAGACCAUGGACAAACUUUAGCAAGGGUGGCUAUCUCAAUUACCCCACGCCUGUCAUUCGUUUUAGUGGAGCCGAUGCAGUUCCACGCGAUUACGCAUAUGCUGCCAUUCAACGAGGUGAUCUGGAAAAGGUCUUUGAGGCUCUCAAUGUUCUUGGAAAGGUGCCGUGGAAGAUCAAUGAGAAUGUUUUGCGUGUGCAAAUCGAAGCAUGGAACACUGGUGAACCCAUUGCCAACUUUGCUCCUUUGGACCCGAAUAUCGAUAUGCCUCCCGAGCCUAACAAGUCCGACUCCAAGGCCCGUCGUUCGUGGAUACAGCUAGUGAAGGAUCUUGAGAAUGUCAAGGGUGGCUACCACUCACAGAGAUGUUUCCAAAAUUUCCAGCUCGAGAUUGCUAAAGCUUUCAGCAAGGAGAAGAUCUAUUUUCCCCACAACAUUGAUUUCCGUGGUAGAGCGUAUCCGGUCCCUCCUUAUCUCAACCACAUGGGCGCCGACAACGCCCGCGCUCUGAUGACUUUUGCGAAUGGAAAAGAACUGGGCGAGGUUGGCUUGAGAUGGCUCAAGAUUCACUUGGCGAACGUUUAUGGUUUCGACAAAGCCAGUCUUACUGAGAGAGAACAAUUUGCCAUGGAUCACUUGGAAGAUAUUCGCGACUCGGUAGCUAACCCUCUUGGUGGCAAGAAGUGGUGGCUCGAGUCUGAGGAUGCAUGGCAGACUCUGGCUGCUUGUUACGAACUCAAGGCUGCCAUGGAUCUUCCUGAUCCUACCAAAUACGUCUCCUACCUCCCUGUACAUCAGGAUGGUACUUGCAACGGUCUCCAGCAUUACGCAGCCCUUGGUGGUGAUGCUGCUGGUGCUCGUCAAGUCAACCUCGAGCCUGGUGACAGACCUUCUGACGUCUACACUGCCGUCGCUGAGGGAGUGAAGGCCGAAGUCGAGAAGGACAAAGCUGCUGGUCAUCCUGUGGCACAAUUCCUUCAUGGCAAAAUCACUCGCAAGGUUGUCAAGCAGCCUGUCAUGACCAACGUUUAUGGUGUCACCUAUUAUGGUGCCAGAGAACAAGUCAAGAAACAGCUUGAGGAGAUCUUUCCCGAAAUUCACCGUCAUGACGCUCUGGAUCAUCUUACUCUUGCGUCUUACGUAGCUAAGAAGAUUUUCAAGUCUCUUGGCGAGAUGUUCAAGGGUGCACAGGCUAUUCAAACAUGGCUGGGAGAUUGUGCAGACCGCAUUUCUACCUGCGUUACGCCUGAGCAGAUUGCGAGCAUCCAGAAAGAUGAUGCAGAAGGCAAAUCAAUCUUGCCGGCAAAGAACGCAACUCCAAAAAAUGCUGGAAAGACGAAGGCCACUGGCAGCAGCUUGCGCGCCGAGGCAUCGAAACAAUUGUUCCGAAGCUCCGUUAUCUGGACAACGCCUCUGCGCCUGCCGGUCGUACAGCCAUACCGCUCUUCCAAGCGUCGUCAGGUCAAGACCAAUCUCCAGAACAUUGCUCUCCAGGAGCCGACAUCGAUCGACCCUGUGAGUAAGCGCAAGCAGUUGCAAGGUUUCCCUCCCAACUUUAUCCACUCCUUGGACGCAACACACAUGAUGCUUUCAGCCAUUAAGUGCAACGAAAACAAUAUCGCUUUUGCCAGUAUUCACGACUCCUUCUGGACCCAUGCCUGCGAUGUACCAGACUUGUCCAAGGUUCUCCGUGACGCCUUCGUGGCUAUGCACACUGAAGAUGUCGUUGGCCGCCUUCGUCAAGAAUUCAUUGCCCGCUACAAGGAUUGCAUGUACCUCGCUGCCGUCGACAUUCGCACACCCGUUGGCAAGAAGAUUCUCGCAGCACAAAAGGCACGUCCUACCAAUCGUGGAAAGGUCAAGCAACUACAACCCGCUUUGAUCGUUCAACUUUUGGAAGAGGUGGAGCGUCUGCGUUUGAUCAACAGUGAGAAUCCUGAAGAGGUUGCUCAAGGCGAGGGACUCAUCACUUCUGGCUCCAUCUUCGCCGAAGAAGCAGAUGCCGAAGACGCCCUUACCGUCCCCAUCGAGAUUGUCAACUCACGUCUCGGCGAAAUCCCUGAGAACAGCGAUAUUUUCGCCGCCUCCGAACUCGAAACCAAUGAUCUCACCGAACCCGUUCUUUCCGACAACGACGACGUUGACAUUACCUCUGACGACAAAGUCGCCAAAGCUGCCGAAGACGCAGAAGCAGAAGACGAUGCAGUGCCGACGCUGGAAUCAUUGAAGGCGAAAAGGGUAAAGGGUGCGAAGAAGGAGCAAGUCAGAAAGGUGUUUGUCUGGCUUCCACUCAAGUUCCCCGAAGUCCCCGAGAAGGGCGACUUUGACGUCACGAGAUUGAAGGAGAGUCAGUACUUCUUCCACUAG